AUGGCAGUAUUGAAUCCAAACAACUGGCAUUGGGUUGAUAAGAAUACCCUUCCAUGGACCAAGGAUUACUUUAAUGAUAGGAUUAAAGGGUUUGAAGUGAAAAAGGAUAAUGCUUCUUAUUCAGGGUAUAAAAUUGUUGAAAUCAAUAAGAUUACAGGUGAUUCAAAUGUCUCACAACGUAAAGGGAAACCAAUAUGUUAUUUCGAUUUGAAUGUUGAAUUGAAAUUAGAAGUAGUAACCUCAUCUGAUGAUGACAAAGAGGAUGAGGAAAAUGAGGAUUUAAAUGGGACAGUAAUCCUUCCUGAAUUUAUGCAUGACGACACAGAUUUUGAAAUAAAAAUCAGUGGUUUGUCCAACGAUAUUACUAAACAAGUAAAUAAUGAAUUUAUCCCUGAUUUGAGAAGCGUUCUUCUUCAAUAUCAAAAAGAUUUAUUGGAGACUCAUUCACAGGAUUUAAAAGAUUCUUAA